AUGGGAGGAGAAACGGGGACCGACGGGUCAGUGAAAGGCUUAAACUCAGAGGUGCUUAUCGCGACGAAACCGCUUAUCAGUGACUUUUUCCGUCACGCGCACCAAGUAGCCAUGCAAAAGUUGUUUGGGCAACGCGCGCUGAAUUGCAGCCCUUUUGAUCUCCCAUCGCCCAUGUCGCAGCAGGGUCUCUCUCAGUCCAGCGUGUCGGUUGAGCAUGAAGAAAUGAGUGCUGCUAGCUGCGCCGCCAUACUUACCUCGGAUGGACCCUCCCGUCUGAAGCUGUUUGUUCUUUCCCCGUCAGUGGCAGAGCCGCCGCGGUACUGCUGUAAAGGUAUCCUCGCCGAGACGGAGUCCCUGCAUGCGAAGCAUGCCGUAGAGUACGAGUUUCUCGUUCCUGCAAUCGCCUCGGCCAUCGAGGGCGUCGUCAUUGCACAUGCAAAGUGGCAACGGUGGUUAACUGCGCUGAGGGCGCUGCGGCAGAAGGACUCUGAGGUGGAGCUGGGAGCAACUGCUCUGCAGUAUGUACCAGAGGCGGCUGACGCGGAUGGAAACACGAACGACGAUGCUGCCUUCGCUGAUGCAGGGCUAUCGAAGAACGCGAAACACUUCCCCGAGACGAGCGAUGUGCCGGGCAUCACCUUUUCGGAAUAUGUGCAUCGAAUUGUCGAAUACACGUACGUGUCACCGUCUGUGUUAUUGAUUGCCUGCCUUUACAUUGACCGUCUUCUCACCCACAAGGCCUCCCUGGUCCUUACAAAACAUAACAUCUUCAAGCUGUUCGCUGUUGCAACACGCGUCGCCAGCAAAGUCAUGGAUACACGGACACUUAGCAACAAGAACUUUGCCCGCAUCUGUGGCAUUCGAAACUCUGAGAUGAAUUUCCUUGAGGCACAUUUUAUGCGUGUUAUUGAGCUGGACCUCUACGUGCCGCCUGAGGAGUUCUACAGUUACGUUGAGGACCUCGUCACGAGAGUCCCUGCCAAACCGCCAGCACCCAAGGAUACAGACACGUGCGCUGCCGGCUUCGAGCCAGGGGGGAACUUCCUAUUUCCCCUUGCACGCUCAGUGAGCACGGGCAGCACGGGCAGCACAGGCUACAGCGAGAGCAAAAGCGGCCGUGAGGGACAAAAAAGGGGAUUAAAUCCACUUCCACCCGUCGUGCCGCCACGCGGCAGAGCCACACCAGGCACCAGUCCCGUUUCUACCCCAUUAAAAGGCGCUGCCGGCGUUAUGGUGAGAAAUAAGCGUGCUGGUGCUGAGCUAGGCAGUAAGCCGGGAGGUGGCGGUGCUGCCGUUGCGACACGUGGUGCUGUGGUGCCUCUGGUUAGUGUUAAAAAUAAUGAAAAGGGCGUAUUCAAUUCCUUCAGCUCCUCAAUUGCGAUGCCGGCGCCAAGGACCUCGCGACUCCGCAUGUGCACCACGAGGAACCUCAAAAGCAUCCGCAGUGACUGCAAUACAAUUGAUGGUAGCAUGACCUUCAACGGCGUCACCGCGUGUUCGGAGCGUGGGAAGGUGCAGGGGUAA